GUUCUUGGUCGGCUGAAGGGAGGAACAGAAGGCGGGGGGGGCUUUGCCCAGCACUCCCUGACCUUGGAAGGAUCGGAAGGGGAACAGCUGCUCCCUCUGUGAGUGUCAUUAGUAGCAGAGGAAGAGAGGGGCACGGAGCUGCUGUAUGCUGAGUCAGACCAUCUGUCCAUCUAGCUCGGUAUUGUCUGCACUGACUGGCAGCUGCUCUCCAGGGUUCGAGACUGGCUUCUCCCCCAGCGCUACCCACAGAUGCCACCCUUGGGGACUGAACCGGGGACUUCCUGCGUGCAAAGCGUGUGCUCUGCCGUUGGGCUACUGUGGCCACCAGGUGCUGGAUCAGUGCCUGGAGUCAUCGAUGGGCUGGAUGAGGACCAAGAAACGGAAGCUGAAGAGACAAAAGUGCCGUUGGGUCAUACGAGAACCCGAGCCUACACCGCACUCUGCACACCUUGGACAAGAACAUCCAGUAUCUCACCUGGCAAAUGCAACGCAUCAGUGGCACGAUCUCACGGAGUCCAUCAAACACUUCCGUGGCGUCCAUCACCUCCGUUUACAGCUGGGGACAUUCAUCUGGAGAUGCUGCUCACUAUAGCAUGUUGGGAUCGUCUCCCUCCCCCGUGCCUGUCACCCUAGAAGAAGAAGAAGAAGAAGCUCAUCUCACCAGGUCCUCCCGGCUGGGGUUCCGUCAGGCCCGACAGAGGUCCCACUCCGACCCCAAGGCCAACAUCAACCUGCAUCAGACGCAGCUGCAGGGCCGGUGGGGAGGCCCUCCGCCCCGGUCCAACUCCACGACCAGGCUGAUCCCCAGCGCUCCUUCCUUGUGCUCAGCUGUCAAACCCUUAGGCAUGCCUGCCCACUCUCUGAGACGAGACAGCAGAAUCGGCUUUCUGGACUACAAGGUCCAGGAGCUGCUCGACUGGCACGUGCACAGGAAACAUCGGCAAAAGGAAGUGGUGCCAUCGCCCCGGGCCCCCAGCCCCAAAGGCAGGGCACGGGCGGGCAGCGCCACCAUCCCGAAAGGGGGGAUACUGCAGUGGGUGAGCCAGCAGCUCUCCAUCUGCCCAAGGCCAGGUAGCCACACACCCCCUCCAGCCCUUCCGCAGAGGUGUCAAACCCCACCCAAGGCCUCUCACGUACGAAGCCCCGGCCCCUGCCCCAGGACCCCCGGGCCUCCCCCCGAAGACUUCCUGGCUCCCCCCAACCUGUUCUGCAAGUCUGGAAGCUGCAGCAGUCUGCGGGGACAGGCAGAGGGCAAGAUGGGCAGCGGUGCUGCCAAGGAGGGCCUGGGGGGCAUCUUCAGUCUGCUUGGGCAAAGCAAGAGCCCCCCCCUGCCUAAGGACCCCGGGAGACCCAGGACCCGCAAAGGGAAGGAGAGGGAUAGCAGGGCCAGGAGAUCACCGAGCACCCCCAAGGAGGCCAGAGCUGGCAGCCCCAAGGACAAGCCGACGGAGAUCGAGGUCAGCGCAAUGGUGGACAGGAAGGUGUGCUGGGGCGACGCCUUGCCUGACGCCACAGAGGCCCACAUCGCCUUUGAGCAGUGGAGCACAGUGCUGCCGCCGUUGCUGGACCCCUCUUUCAUGUGCCAGAACCAGCUGGAGCUGCCCUGCAUGACGGCAGCCCGAGUGGAGCUGCACCACGAGAACAACAGGCGUGCUGUGCUCCCCCCCAAGCCCCAGUGCCUGGCCCACAGCAUCGUGGAGUCGCUAGACACAGACCAGGCUACGCGGGACCUGCACCUGUGCCUGGCCAAGACGCUGGAGAAGGGGCGCGGCCGGCUGAGCGUGGAGUACCCCGUGUGCCUGCUCUGUGGCCGCUGCACCCCCUACUGCCCCCAUCCGCGCCCGCGUCACAGCCCGUCCCUCCUGGUCUACCCGCGGCUGAGCGUCCGGGAAGGCGAGGUCCACAUGUGCCUGGGCUUCCUCCUGAAGAUCAAGAGGUCUGAGGCCAGCGAGUGGGGACUGCUGCAAGCGGUGGGCGCCUCCAAGCGGCCCCUGGGGAAAGAGGGGCCCCCCAGGUACGAGAGGAGCAGGAGCAGGCACAGGAAGAGUCGGGGAGCCGAAACCCAGCCUCAGUCCCCAGAGAAGGCGCCACGCUUGCCCAAGCAGCAGCCGCCCGCGCAGGGAGGGGACCCAAGGGCCAGAGGCCGGAGGAGUGUUCCUAGGCGCUCCCCACAACCAUCCAAAAGACGCCACCAGCCGCAACUGGGAAAGCCGGCCUCGUCGGCAGCAGCAGCGUGGGUCCACGCCAAGCCCCCCAAGAACCCCCCCAGCGUCCUGAAACAGCUGCUGUUAUACAUAAAGAACGCCUGGGCUAAGAUGCGAGGGAGAGCCCCCAAGGAGCAGGGCUCUACGGCUUCUCUGUGCAAGUUGGGGGGGGCCCUUGGGCCCCCUGGAACACUGGGGGUUCCUUCAGCCACUGCCUCUGAGCCCCACAACCAAGGGGGGAUUUUGCUUCACAGGCAGGGCUCUCGGCCCAUGGUUGGGAGCUACAAAGAACUCCUGCCUCCUGCCGGGCAAGCCUCUGCCUUGGGGCACUGGAGGGUGUCCCUGAAUCUGGACGAGCCCGAGGCUCCCCGGGCCCCCAAGAAAGGGGAGAGCCGCCACACAAAGGCAGCUUCUUCUGGGGCAUCAAAGAAAUUGGCGAGACAGUCUUCCCCGGCACAAACGAGGAAGGCACCCUCCAAGCAAGCAUCCCGCAGAGACAACAUGUACUGAGAGCCUCAGCGGGGAUGCCCAACCUGCUCGCCUUGGGCGGGGGCCUUCUCCUGCAGGUGUAACCCCUAUGGGUUAUAUUGCUUUGGUCCAGUGGGUGGAGAAACCUUAUGGAAGGAUUGUAUUAAGGAGUUGAGUACAAAUCUUGAGGAAGCUGAAGAGAAAAGGAGCUGUUAAUGCCAGGGAGUAAGGACUAGGCCCUUGUCACCUUGAAUUAGGGCUUUGAAGUUUGCAAUUUGGAAAAUUCCGAAUUUUCUCUACUGGACUUUCUGCAAGCAACUUCUUCAGUUAUGUCUUGCUGAAUGCAUUGGACUUUGGGAAUUAUUAUGUUAAGAUAUAUGAUAUAU